AUGUCUUCCCAAUCUCCAUACACCACACGCCAAAUUGGUGCUGCUAAUACCUUGGACUACAAAGUCUACAUUGAAAAAGAUGGUAAAGUUGUCUCACCAUUCCAUGACAUUCCAUUGUACGCCAAUGAAGAAAAGACCAUCCUCAACAUGAUCGUUGAAGUUCCUAGAUGGACUAAUGCCAAGAUGGAGAUCUCAAAGGACUUGAAGUUGAACCCAAUCAUUCAAGACACCAAGAAGGGUAAAUUGAGAUUUGUCCGUAACUGUUUCCCACACCACGGUUACAUCCACAACUAUGGUGCUUUCCCACAAACUUGGGAAGACCCAAACAUCACCCACCCAGAGACAAAGGCUAAAGGUGACAAUGAUCCAUUGGACGUUUGUGAAAUCGGUGAAAGAAUCGCAUACGUUGGUGAGGUUAAACAAGUUAAAGUCUUGGGUGUCAUGGCUCUUUUGGACGAAGGUGAAACCGAUUGGAAAGUCAUUGUUAUUGAUGUCAACGAUCCAUUGGCUUCCAAGUUGAACGACAUUGAAGACGUUGAACUGCACUUGCCAGGUUUGUUGAGAGCAACCAACGAAUGGUUCAGAAUCUACAAAAUCCCAGAUGGUAAACCAGAAAAUCAAUUCGCAUUCAGCGGUGAAUGUAAGAACAAGAAAUACGCUCAAGAGGUUAUAAACGAAUGUGCCGAGGCAUGGUCUGUCUUGGUCAGCGGUAAGAGUGUUGACUCAAAGGGAAUUGAUUUGGCCAACACCACUUUGGAAAAUACUCCAGGUUGCGUUUCUGAAGUUUCAGCUGCUGAUGUUCCAGCUGCUUCACCAAAGGAGGCUGCACCAAUUGACAAGUCUAUUGACAAGUGGUUCUUCAUCUCUGGUGCUCACUAG